UAAGUUAGUAAACAUUUUAACGGAAUAUUGAAUAUUUAAACAUAAAAUUACGAAUUUUCCUCACGUACUCAAAACGGUUACUAUACAAAUUAAACUAAGAUCUCGGCCUAAUUGUAUAUUAAACAAAUAAACAAUAUGUAGAUAUUAUAUUAUUUUUAAUAUAGUACAUUUAUAAAGCUUGUUACAAAACAUAUUAUGUGUAAAGCUGUCAUGGCAUACGUUUAUAGGUGAAAGGAUACGAAACGAAAAUGUGUACAAAUGACAUUGCCUCGAAGUUGAACCAUUGGGAAAUAUCGGUGAAUCCCCAUCAAAACGAAAAAAAUCGACAAGCAUUGGUCCGGGAGCACUUCGAGAAGUUAUCCGAUCUCUUGGCAGGCAGCGCACAUGUAAAUUUUAAAAUAGAUCGCGAUGCCAAUCAUUUUCUCGAGGACGCUGCAGUGGAAGUCGAUCGCCGGAUCGUGGACCUCAAGGGCAUGGAAAAACUCACGGAGCUCUGUUCGUUUUUGAGAAAGAACGUGGACGAUCUGAAAUCCGUUUUCAAUAAAAGGCGUCGCACGAGAGGCGGGUAUUACACCAAAUCUGAAAUCGCCGAUCUGGAGCAGGAACUAGGGUCGUUGGACGAAGACGUUUGGCGAAUGAUGGACACACUCAACAGUAUCGCAGGAAACCAAUGGGAAAUCAAACAAGUGUUGAAAAUGUACACUGAAUGCGAGUCCCGGUACGUGAGACUCAGGUCAUUGAACAAGAGCGCAAGACUUCGCUUCCAAGCGAGCAAAACAAAAAAUGAUAUUAAAGACGAUGGAUUUAAUGUAGGGGUGUGCGAAAUAAUUUUAAAAUGGGUGCUCGGUUGUCCGUUCAUCGCUACGCAAGACAAAAAUGUAAAACCUGCAGCAGAAGCCGCGGAGGGCGACGGGACGAUCGAUCGUGGUCCCUUGGUCCUCGGGGGCAAAGAGAAACUCGUAAGGCUCUGCUCAUUUUUGAGAACGAACGUGAUCGACCUGAUAAACUAUUACGAUAUAGCCAGGCGACGUGUUAGUGGUGCGUACUACACUGGAUCGGAGAACACCGAUCUGGAGUCGGGGCUGCAGUCGUUGAAAGAUGACGUGGAGAAGCUGUUGGAUACGGUGAACGACAUCAGCGGAUACCGUAUCGAAAUCAAACAUGUGUUGGCAAUGUACACAGAACAAGAGGCCCGGUACAGAGCCCUCAGAUUGCUGAACAAGGGCGCAAUGCUUCGACAUCAGACCGAAAACGGUUAAAAAACGGUCUGAAUGACCAUAACGAUUUGGAUCGGUGCAACAGAAUGUACAAAUGGGUCAGGGGUUGUGCGUUCACCUCGGCGGCGCAAGACAAAAUGUGAAUCGCACAUGAUUUUAAGAAUAAUUGUAUGGUACUCGGCCGAAUAUCUGCGAAAAUAUUGUACGCUCGUCAUAAUGUGUAGUGUACCUACACUAUUGAUAUAUCUGGUAUACAUGUAUUUAUUUUUUUUAAUUGUUUUAUUGUUCUCAAAUAAACAUCGGCUUCAUAGCAGGCCAGUAGAUGCAUACAAUGUCUUUAACUGAAACUAAUUCUUUUUUUUUGUUUUGAUUAUAGUAUAUAAUUUAUUAUAAUAAUAUAUAGGUACAUAAUAAUAUAAUAUAUAGUAUAGUUUGGCUUUGUUUUUAGAAUAUAAUAAUUUGAUUUGAUCGUUUUUAGGCUUGGAUGCUAUAGCACUACGUUCAAAGUGUUGGGUAUUAAACAUUAUUUUAGAUUAUUUGUGUACUUGUGACAUUCCAUCAGUAAGUAGCUCAUGUAUGAUCAUUUAUGUUAUAGAUGCGUGGAUCUACCUUUGACAUAAGAAAACCAUGAGUUAUUCUCUAGUGUGUCCGAUACUUGGUCUCGUAUCUAUAGUAUUCGUUGCUAGAUAAAUUAUUAUUCGUUCAUAGUCCAUCAACCAUCAUAAUUAUUACAAUAACAAGAAUAAAAAUCGCCGGUUCAAACCCGGCCUUGGAUGGCAUUUUUCUUCGGGCAAGUCACGGUAUCCGGAGAAAAGUUCCACCAUCGACCAUCCUCACCCGGGCAUGGCAGAACCUACGGGUGCCCAAUAAAAAAUCCAAAACACACGUGUUUACAAACUUACAAUUUCUCCCCUAUAAAACAAAAAAUAAACAGCUGAUGGCUUUAUUUGACGGGCUUCAUGGUCAAUUCAAUUAAAAAAAAAAGAACAAUAAUUCUUUGUUUAAGGAGAAAUAU